AUGGCCGGCCGCGUCCCGCUGCUCGGGGGGCUCCUGCUCCUCCUCGUCCUCCCCGCUGGGCGGCCGUCAGUGUUUCUCUCGGCCCCGAGGGCCAGCGCCGCUCUCGGGAGAUGGAGGCGCGCCGGCUCCUACCUCCUGGAAGAGCUCUUAGAGGGGAACCUGGAAAGGGAGUGCUACGAGGAAAUCUGCGUCCACGAGGAGGCCAGAGAAGUGUUUGAGAACGACGCGCUCACAGACGAGUUCUGGCGGCAGUACCGGGGUGGCUCUCCGUGUGCCUCCGGGCCCUGCCUCAACAACGGGUCCUGCCAGGACCACAUCCGCACCUACACCUGCACCUGCGCCCCGGGCUACGAGGGCCAGAACUGCGCCGUGGCUGCAAAUGAAUGUCACGCCGAGAGGGCCGAUGCGUGCCAGCACUUCUGCCACCCGGGGCAGGCAUCCUACGUGUGCAGCUGUGCGCAGGGCCACCAGCUGGGCCCAGACCACAAGGCCUGCAUCCCCAAGGGUAACAGACGCCCAGCUUCCUCCUCGCCUGUCACUCCCGACUUCUCACCAAAGGUCAAGCUAACAAACUCCAAAGGGCAAGACUUCUGUGGUGGUGUUCUCAUACAGGAAGGUUUUGUGCUGACAACAGCUAAGUGUUCACUGCGACACAGAAAUGUCAGUGUAAAAGUGGGUGGUGACAGGAGCAAGGAGCCGCAGAUGAUCAGGAUCAAGCAUGCUCACGUGCACUUGUGGUACGAGGAGGAGCUGGGGCAGAAUGACGUCUCCCUGUUGGAGUUGGAAAGGCCGGUGCAGUGCCCCGCCUGGGAGCACCCCGUCUGCAUCCCCGAGAGAGACUUUGCUGAGCAGGUCCUCAUCCCAAGGGCGAAGGGCCUUCUCAGCGGCUGGACCCUCCACGGCACCAACCUGGGCACCGUGCCCGCUGCUCUGCCAGUCACGCAGGUGGGUGCGGAGGAGUGUGGACGGGCCUUGAACGUGACAGUCACCACAAGGACCAGUUGCGAGGGGGGCGGGGCAGCGCCUGGCCAGUGGCUGGAGGGAAGCACCGUCACCAGAGAGCACCGGGGCACUUGGUUUCUCACCGGGAUCCUGGGCUCGCCGGCACCGUCACCGCCAGCUGGGCAGGGACACUCAUUUCUGGUCACCACCGUCCCGCGGUACUCACUGUGGAUUAGACAGACGAUGAAGGGUGGGAGACGUGGCCAGACAGAAGGGAUCAAACACGAGGUGCCAGCUCAAACUUUAGAUGCAACUACGGGGAGAGAAGGCCAUGAUAAGGCGGCUGUAAGACCCCACCUCUGA